UUCGGCUACAUGUGUAAUCAGAAAUCGAGCGGGUGGGUGCUCUUUCGAUUUCCCCCGACACACACAGUGAGUUACCAAACCCUAAAGAACCCCACCAACAGCCUGAGGGGAAGUUUAAGUGAAGAUGGGAAACGCCGAUCCAGUCGAUGAUGAUCGGACCUUCAAUGGCGAUUUCAGUGACGAAGGAGUAGCGAAAUUGAAAGAGAGAGUGAAAGUUAAAUUGAAAGAGUACAUGGGAGAUUACACUGAUGACAUUCUUGUGGAGUAUGUGAUAGUCUUGCUUAAGAACGGGAGAAGUAAAGAGGAAGCAAAUAAUGAAUUGAAGAUAUUUCUUGCAGAUGAUAGUGAUUCUUUUGUGGCCUGGUUGUGGGAUCAUAUGGGUAAAAGUAAGGAUGAAUAUUUUACUGUAAGUAUUCAGAAUGAGGAGGUUAAAGAACUUGUGCAAAUGGAUUCUGAAUCUGAGAAAGGAAGGUCUGGUGCUCGACGCGGGAGAGGAUGGAGAAGUCAGCUAAGUAAUGCGCCUGAUGUUCCUCCUCUUCUGAGUUCUGAGGUUCACAGAAGUCAUAAUUACGAGAAGAGAGGUCACAGAGAAAGGCGUGGUAAAAGGUCUCCGUCUCCGCAGUCUCAGUCCCAUAGGAAGAGGAGUAAAACUGACAGCUCACGGAGUGAACAGAGGGAGGAUAAACCUGUUGUUUCUAGCCGGCUGCUUCAGUUUGCUGUGCGAGAUGCUCUGGCUACGUCAAAGCCCACUGAACCCUCAUUAAAACGUCUCCGCUCAGUGGUGUCUGCGUCGGCUCAAGACUCAUCUGAACCCAACCCAGCUCAGAGAAUUCGAUCUGCUGCGAGAGUCGUGAAUCCCAUGGAUACUGUUAUCAAAGCUGUCGCUGAAGCAGCUGAAGAUGCCAAAAAUCCAAAAUCUGGGAGAAGUGUCUUUGACAGAAUUAGUCAUUCCGCUGGUUUCUCUGAGGCUUUGGACCAACAUAUGGUACUUGGUGAAGUUUCCCCUAAGAAUGAAGAACGGAGGAAUUUUAGGGAAGAUCAGGAAUCGGUACAUCAUCAAUUCACGCAGCGUCUUGACAACAAUGGAAUGUAUGUGGAGAACAUGGCGACUUUUGACACUGGCUUGCAGCCCAACUUUUCGUCUGAUCGAAGCAGACUCGGUUCAAGUGUUAAUGUGUCUCACCCAAAUUCUUUUGUUGGGAACAGAAUUAACAAUCCGAAUAGUCUGCAGGAUCGUUUAGUCGAUGACCCCAGAAGAGUUAAAGGUAUGAAUUAUCGAAAUCACCUUACUGAAGUUGCAACCAAGCAGAAAGCUAUAGGUUUCUCUGCCAAUGCAGAUACAGGGAAAACAGUGAAGUUAGAAGAGCAGAUGAAAGUGCCAGAUGUGGGUCUGCAAAGGUAUAUGGACAGAGGCAGAGUAGUUUCUAGUGAAGCCUUCACAAAAUCAUCUACAAUAGGGAGUCGUAAUAUAAAGACUGCUUCCAGUGUGAAAGAAGACGCAGCUACCAAGAAAUCUGUUCCCGGGGCAUUAUCUACUACGCGCCCUUUGGAAGAUGCUAGUUCUCGAACAAUCUUUGUCGCCAAUGUUCAUUUUGGUGCCACCAAGGAUAGCCUUUCAAGGCAUUUUAACAAAUGUGGUGAAGUGCUUAAAGCUGUCAUAGUUACAGAUCCAGCGACAGGGCAACCAAGUGGAUCAGCAUUCAUCGAGUUUACACGCAAGGAAGCUGCAGAUAAUGCAUUGUCUCUAGACAGUACCUCUUUCAUGUCUCGGAUUCUCAAGAUUGUGAAAGGAAGCAGUGGGCAACAACAGGAGGCUGCGUCAUGGGCUCGAGCAGGAAGGUACGCAAGAGCCUCACCAUACCGUAGAGGUAUCCCUGGUGGUGCAUUCAGGGGCCGUUCUGUCAUUAGAGCUGGAGUAGCCAGAAGUAUGCAAUGGAAACGCGAUUCAGCUGAGACUACAAACAACAUCGUAGCUCCAAGCACUCGUAGCAUGACUUAUGUCCGAACACAAUCACAAUCAGACGGACAUGCAACAGUUUAAUAGAUAAAAACAGAGCAAGAAUCUACCCUGUCGGAUUUUCUCAUUUCGUUUUCCUUAUUGAUGACAUUAUGGUUCGUUCUUUCGUAUGGAUAAUAUU